GUCGUUUUUUGGACCUAGCCAAUGGCAAAAUUCUUCUAUGCGUCUUCCCCGGUUCACUUCUGUCAUCCUCUAUUCUAGCCCUGUGACGAGUGGUUCCGGCAAAACUCACUACCCUCCUGCCUCGCAAGUCGACAUCGCCCCAUCGCGCACUUGUGCUGAACGCACAGCGCGGUGCCAGAGUCGGUCUGCAAGGCACACCCCUCCGCUAAGCACGUGUGCUGUGUGCAGUAAUCCCCGCUCCCUUGCGCCUCAUCUCCCUGGCCCAGCCGCGGCUUCGCGCACCCAGUCUCUCCGCACGUGUGCGACAUGCAGUACUGCCCGCCCGCGCUGGCGAGCAAGUCCCAUCGCUCCGCCGCGCACAUGCUGCCCGGCGUGCUCCAGCUACACGCGUGGCUGACGCAGAGGCCCCCGUCCUCCAGCUUUGCUCGUCCAUAGCAGCCUCGGCGCG